AUCUAAUUGGGGAUGGAAUUUCUAAUAUUCCCUACCGAGGAUCAGGUUUUCAAUGAUUAAAUUAAUAAUAAAAUUACUAGUAAUAUAUAUCCUACAAGUGGUCAACCUGUCAAUGCGUGUCUACAAAAUUAAUAAUAUCAGUAUAUUUUGCAUGUAUUUUAAGAUGUUGCCUGCUUCAAAUGAAUUUUGUUGCCUUCAUAUGACAUUUCUGCACAUUUGUAAUCAAAUUGUUUAACACAAACAGUUAAUAAAUGAGAAAUUUGAUUGUUGUUUUUUUUUGGGUGUUCGAGCAAGUUCUGGGUCGGUUGUGUAGGUGGCGCCGGUGGCAAUUAGCGUAAUUUUUUUGUUGGGUAAAUAAUCGAGUGAUUUAUCACAAUCCAUGAUUCCCUGAUUGAAUCACGAACGACUAGUGAGUCGUCCCCGGUCCCGCCCUCACCGUCAACCCGUUAAUCGGCCGUUCCCAGCGCGUUUCACCCCGUCCAUCCACCCUCGCCGCAAUGGAUCCAUCGCUGGACCAGUCGUACGUGCAGAAGAUGCAGUUCAUGUCGCUGAACGGGCAGAACGAGGACCCGAGAUACGGACGCAUAUCGAACGUGUCGAAGGCCGAGCCCGCCGUGCCCGGUUACCAGAAACACAAGACGGUGGGCGCCAUCGAAACGUUCGCUAACGAGUCUGCGAAAUCGAACGACUACACCAUGUAUGAGCGGAGCAACAUCAUUGCCAGUUCGAAGUACGCGACCCCCAAACAAGUGGAGACGAUUGCGGCCCAGAAGGCCGUGGAGGAGAACGACGUGUACGUACAGUGUGCCAAGCCCCAGGUGCCCAUCAGUACGAGCCCUACUCAUUCAUUGAGUGGCUCUUCCCAACAUUCCAACAGCCCCAGAACCAGUAUGGCCACUAAUGCAGGCCCGGUGUAUGAGAACAUCAACUAUUACCCAGGUAGGACGAUGCCACAACAAUACUACCAGCAGCAACCGGCUGACGUGUACAGGAAGGCCCAGCCCCAAGUACCAUCAGGUAACAGAUUGAACAGGGAUCUGGACGGACCCCCGGUUUAUGAGAACGUGCACAGCAUGUCGCAUAAGAGCUCCGGCGCCAUGGCUGGGCCCCAAGUGGCCGCGAGUGCCUCCCAAAUGUACCCUGUCCAAAACUACCAGCCAGCCUACAAGCACGCCGAGUAUUCCGUGAUGCAAAGACCGCAGACGGCGAACAUCAGCAAGGCCGCCCCCCAACAGGGCUAUUAUCAGGAACAACCCGCCGCCAAAUCGUUCACCCAACAACAACUGGACGAGAUCAACGCGAGCGACUACGUGUGCAUGACGGGCAACGUGUCGCACACGUUGAGCACCAACACCCAGUUCCAGACGUCCUCGGCCAAGAACUACGACCGGUCCCCGGCAACGGGCAUAGCACAGACGCCGACCAAGGUGCAACCUGUGAAGGAGCCGAAGAAGUUGCCGAUGCAGGAGAAGAUAGUGGACAAGCGGCCGUCUCCUGCCCCGAGUCCGACGCCCAGCACCUGCAGCACCACCAGCACUGGCAAGCUGAAGAUAAGCGGCAAGAACCUGUUGCCGUACAGCGUGACGCCGCCCAAACCGCGUGGGCCCACCGAGGCCGAGCGCAAGAUCGAGGAGAUGACCAGGCAGAUUGAGGAGGAGAUGGAGAAACACGAGGAGGAGGGAGAGUAUUUCGGCAUUUGCCACACAUGCGGCGACAAAGUAACCGGAGCAGGUCAGGCCUGCCAGGCGAUGGGCAACCUCUACCACACUAACUGCUUCAUUUGUUGCUCAUGCGGCCGUGCCCUGCGCGGCAAGGCGUUUUACAACGUGCACGGUCGCGUCUACUGCGAAGAAGAUUACCUGAAUUUGUUUCAGUACUCCGGGUUCCAACAGACGGCCGAGAAGUGCGCCAUUUGCGGCCAUUUGAUUAUGGAGAUGAUAUUACAAGCCAUGGGGAAGUCCUACCAUCCGGGUUGUUUCCGGUGCUGCGUGUGCAACGAGUGCCUGGACGGCGUCCCGUUCACCGUCGACGUCGACAACAAGAUCUACUGCGUCAACGACUACCAUCGCAUGUUCGCGCCCAAGUGCGCCGCCUGCGGAAACGGUAUUACGCCGGUGGAGGGCACCGAGGAAACGGUGCGGGUGGUCUCGAUGGACAAGGACUUCCACGUGGACUGUUACGUGUGCGAGGAGUGCGGCAUGCAGCUGACCGACGAGCCGGACAAACGGUGCUAUCCGUUGGACGGACGUCUGAUGUGCCGCGGCUGCCACAUACAGCGGCUGCAGCACACCGCGCCGCACCGCCAGCCGCUCCACCCGGUGCCCGCUAGCUACCAGUACACCGGGUAGAGGCCGGUGGAGGAGGCGUGCGAUUGGUAGGUCACCAGCGCCAUCUACACACACGUCGAUGUUCGAUGUUGUGCAAUGUGUAUAUGUAAGUGUUCACGAGCAUUAUUGUAUAAUAGGAUCAGUUACGGUUGGGUUUUGAUUAUUCUUUUGUGCCGUUGGUUCGGUGGUUGGCUGUUUCACUGUGGCACGACGAUUUUUAUCGUUUUACUAUAUUAUUUAUUAUUCAGUAAAAAUGUGUAUGUCCAUAUCCUAACAUAAUCUAAUAAUGUGAAAAAUUGUAUUUUUGUUUAACACGUUCAAAAUUAUAGUUUUUAUUGUUCAAAUGGUACUAAAAUCAUCACUUGAUAACCUGAGAAACGUUUUAAUUUAUAAGUAUUUAUAAUUCAGAAUGUCUAAACAAGUAUUUUAUCAAAUAUAUGUUCUUCAUUAUCCAUCAUUUGUCAAGAUUAAUAUAUCACAAAUAAUGAUAUAAAAUCAUAUUUUAUCUAUUCUAUCCAUUAUUAUAUUAAAUUGGGCUAAAAAAAACAUCUUUUUAAAUUGUUGUACAUAAAAAUUAAUCAAAUCAGGUUUAGUUUGGUGUAAUUUGUUUAUUUCAGGCUUAAAAAUUCAAUAUCAUCUACUUUAAAUUGUGUGAAAUUUUGUACAAAUUUGACACUUUUGUAGCACUUGAAAUUUACAGAUUUUGUGUGUAAUCUCAUAGGUAAAAUUGUAAAUAAUAAUUAACUGCAAGUAAAACACAAAAUCAGGUUAUUAGUCUGCAUUCGGUGAGUUUUUAGAACCACAGAAAUUGCAGUUUUAGGUUACCAUAAGGUUAAAUAAUUAGGUAAAUACUACAUUUCCCGUUCUCAUCAUCAAAAACUUGAUGUUUUAUAAGUUUUCAUACAAUUUUAUUUGCGUUUAACAAUUUUUUAAAGCAUUAGUUUAAGGUGUACAUAUUAAUUGCAUGAAAAUGCUUAUUAUUCAACAAUGGCAAAAAUUAACUGGAUUUUGACGACGUUUUUAAUGAACGGUCAAAAUUUCAGUUUAAGUUAAUUAAGGAAUAUUAUUAUAUCCUACAAUUUAUGGAUUAAGUUUUAAAAAAUAAAGUUGUACAGUUAUUAGAAUAUAUUGUAUAUAAUACACAAGUAUUAAGACCACAAAUUAGACAACAAGUCUUGUAUAUAUGAUGCGUAUUGACUACACGCCACCCUUUAUGAUAAUAACACGAUAAAAUUCAAGCUGGAAAGUGACGAUCAGGCAUUGCAAUCUUCAACUUGUACAUAAAUGGAUUUGUGAUCCAUCGUCACCCAAUUGUACAUAAAAAUUAAGUUGUUUUAAGGUUUUAAACUCCUUUUAUUAGGUGUAAUUCGUUGUAACAGUAUUUAAUUUUAAGAUCCUUCGUCGAACACCAAUACUAUGGAAUUAAUUGUAACAUAAAUUUAGUCUUAGUGACCUUCUCUAAUUAGAAUAAGUUAUUUUUUGUUUAGUUGUUUGGGAACCAAUUCUAUGGAUUUAAUUAAGGUUAGUUUUAAGGAAUUGCACCAAUUAACACGAGUAUCAUUUACGAUUUAAGUGACACAUCACAGUUCCAAGCUGUACAUAAAGGAACUGCUGAUUGUUGGUCACCAAUUUGUACAUAAACAUUAAAAUUAACGCAUUAAGGCUGUAUAGGAUAAAACAAAGACUCAAUUAACAAUUGGCUUGGCAUGUAUCAUGACAACAACGCGGUUCGCCACCCUGUACAUAAUCGAAUCUCGCGUCCCAGUUGUCAUUAGGCUUUAAGACUUUUUCGUUCAGUUAUAAAUUAGGUUGACAUUAAUAACAUUGCACAUUGUAACCCACAUUAAAUUAUAGAAAUUCAGUCCGCAAACCGUGUACAUAAAAGGACUUAUUUAUUAACGAGUUAAAUUCGCCACGUCACAGUUUUACCUUUGUACAUAACGAAACUGACGAUUUGUUGUUGACAAGAUUUUAAUAUUAUUUUAGCGUUUUACGUCGCAGUUCCCAAUAAAAUCUGUACAUAACUGGAGCUUGCGACCUAAGUUGUAUACAUCUACUCAAAUAUAAUAGCCACUAACUAGAAUCGUGAUCGCAGUUCAAAUCUUGUACAUAAUGUGAAUGAUGAACUGCUUUAAUUAUAGGCACCGCCCCACUAAAAUCUGUAAGACGAUCUGGACUAAAGCCCACCGACAACAAUCACAGUUCACAAUCUGUAUAUAAAAGUAACUGGUGAUUUGUUGGUACUAGAUUUAUUGUAAUUUUUAACAAAUAAUUGUAAUUGUCUGUUUAAUCUGUGAAUGAUGGAAAGGAAGAACUUUAUUAAUUAAUUAAUUAUUCGCCCAUUUGAAUAAUAAAACUGCCCUGUUCUGUAUUCUGUGAUGUGUGACAAUGAAAACGGUGAACCAACAACAACGAAUUCGCUUAUAUAUAUAUAUAUCAAUGUGAACGUGUCGUUCAUCAAGAAGAUGAUAUGGCAGAAAAUGAUUAUUUUUUAAUUAUCUGAAAGAGAUAAAGGGAGACGUUUAAUUCACUUCUAUCGAGUUUUCUGCUUCCUUCUGGAUGAACAACGUGUCGAGAAGUUCAGCUUAAUUUUUGCAAUGUAAUAAUUUCGCAUUAUUAUUAUCUGUUAUUCAAUUUCGUCGAACGUUAUGUAUAUAAAAAUAGGAAAAGCAGAAAAGACGACAGCAGCAAAAAUUCUGGAAAAUCCCGAGUUGACUCUUGCAUAUUUAACAAAAAUAAAGAGAUGUCCUUCGUGUCGGAAAGUGAGGAAUUAGUUUUUUAUAUAUAUUUUCUUAUGUGCUUAUGUUUUGUAUAUAACGAAAUUCGCAUUUUUAAGUCUGAUUUUAGAACGUUUCUAUUUUAUUAUAAUUACAGUUUGGUUCAUUUCUGUGAUACCAUGUUUAGAUUGUAAGUUUGUUUCAUAUUACUUAUGUAUUUCAUUCCAUUUUUUAUUAAAAGCAGCUUAUUAUCUUA